AUGGCUCCCGAUUUAAACUCGGUUCCUGCCUCUCCGCAUCUCCGUCAUACUUCCCAACCGACUGAUCCUGACUUCAAUUCCCCCGCUUCACACCGGGCAUCUCAAAUCAUGGGCCCCCCUCCGAUGCCAGUGAAUGCUUCAUCAACCAUCAGCAUGGGGGAUCAUACAAACACGGUUCUAGGACCUGGUCCUUUGCGUCACCCUCGUCCUAUGACCGCCUCUGACUUACACUUGGUUUUAGAAAAGGAACAAGAGGCAGUGGUCAACCGUCUAACAAGAGAAUUGACGCUUCUCAGGCAACAAACGGCGUCUGUCGCAUCGACUGCCUCGUCUACGUCAACAGGCUUGACUGAUUCUUUAGAAGGAUCAACCCACCCCACGUCAUCGCGUCAACAUCGCUCGUCCUCAAGUCUGAGUUCCCACAUUCCUCCCGGAUCUGCAGCAUUAGCAGCGAGUGUCUCUAGUAUUGCACCUUCCCGCGAUACGGCCUUGCCUACGUCACGUCCUUCGGGAGAGUAUACACGUGCGGGACGUAGUCGUGAGCCUUCGGUGACCUCCCCGCGUCAACCGGUGUCGCCAUACGGUGAGCUUGGCUUCCAGUCUGCACAGUACCAGGGGCAACAAAGCCACCGCAGCUCUGUAUCGCAUGCCCAAAAUAUCGCCUAUCCACCUGAAUCCCGGCGGUCAACGUCGAUCCCCUCGACAAUCGGGAAUCGAUAUGAAGAGACGGCUCAUCAUCGAGCAGAGCUUGAAGUUAUCAAGAAAGAAAAUGAAAUCCUAAGACGGCGAGUACGCGAGUUAGAGCAGAACCUCAAGGCUUAUCGUGAAACGCAUACACAUUCUCAGGAUGAUCCUUCAAACGGCCUGGUGACUGUCCUACAGACAUCACCCCGUUAUUUCAUUGCAAUCUUACUUGAAGCAAGCUACCUAAGUAUCAUGUCUGGAAGCAACGUUGUUUACGUCAAGGGCAUUGCCCCCUCUACUACCGAGAAGGAAGUUCGCGAUUUCUUCAGCUUCUGCGGGAAAAUUUCCAACUUGAGCCUUACACCUGAAUCUGGCGAAGCUAAUGCUCCCCGUUCAGCGACAGUCACCUUCGAGAAAGAGACAGCUGCCAAAACCGCCCUGCUCCUCGACAACACACAACUUGGACCUUCCGCUGUACACGUAGAAGCCGCCCACACCAUUGACGAAAUCGCCGGCACCAAAGCAGCCAGCGCCCAAGAAGCCCGGGACGAAACGCAGCACGACAUCGAACAAGAAGACAAGCCGCGCUCACGCAUCGUCGCCGAAUACCUUGCUCACGGCUACACCAUCAGCGACCAGGCCAUCCAACGCGCCAUCGCUCUGGACCAGAAGCACGGCAUCUCCAACAGAUUCACCUCGGCGCUGACCAACUUUGACAGCAAGUACAAGGCCACGGACCGCGCCAAGGGGCUUGACGAGAAAUACAAAAUCUCAGACCAGGCUAGUCACCACUGGCGUGGUAUUACGUCCUACUUUGAGAAGGCGCUCGAUACACCCACGGGCCAGAAGGUUCGCGAUUUCUAUCUUCAGACUGAUAAGCAAGUCCGUGACAUUCAUACGGAGGCGAGACGUCUCGCUGAUCUGAAGAGUGGGAAAACCGGUGCUGGCGCUGAAGCUGGUGCCGGUGCCGGUGCUGCUCCUGCGAGUGUGGCUGCAACGACGGAUGUUGCGCCUAGUGCUACCAAUACUAGCAUUCCUACGACUGAGGGGAAGCCAAUUUAA